CUGCCUACUGCGGUUUCUACGCCGCUGAGAUCCAGAUUCCUCCCUGCCGAUUUACCAAUUCCUUCAGCGGCCUCACAGACUCGGUUCUUGCAUGUAAGCGGCCGGAGACUGCAGGAGGAUAAGCCAAAGACCGAGGCAAAGCCCGUCGAGGAGAAGCCCGCCCAGGACGCUGAGCAAAAGGCCAAGUCUGAGGAAGAUCCGGCCAAGGACUCAGAGGAAAAGGCCGAGGGCAAGGAGGAGGGCAAGGCUGAAGGCGAAGGCGAAGGCAAAGAGAAGAAGGAAGACCUGCCGCCGCCUCCGCCCCAUGGCGACAAGACACCUUGGCAAGUGUUCAUGGAGACCAUGAACACUGAGCUUACAAAGUCACAAGAGUGGAACGAAUCGACCAAGCAGAUUGCUGCGUCUGCCAACCAGUUCACCGAGAGCGAAUCGGUUCGACGAGCUCGAGAGGCUUACGAGAAGUCCACCAGCGCCAUCUCAUCAACAACGACCAAGGCGGUAAAGACCACAGCUACCGCCAUUGGAAAGGGUGCCGCAUGGACUUGGGAUACCUCAGCCAUGAAGGGUGUGCGCAAGGCCGCCAACGUUACUGGUGAUGCGCUCGACAAGGCGACCAAGCCUAUCCGAGACACCGAGGCCUACAAAAACGUCAAGGAUGUUAUUGAUGAUGGUAGUUCCUCCAGAUAUGGUGGAUGGGUUGAAAAGGAGGAGCGCAGGAAGAGAAGAGAGCAGUGGGAGAAGACUCGUGGCGGCGAUCAUGAGGUGCUUCAAGAAGAUCCCAAUGCUGGUACCAAUGUCACUCUGCACAAGGAUGCAGCCUGGAAGGAGGCCUGGAGGGAUUUCCGCGACAGCAACAAGUUUGUCCAGGGAGUCUUCAGCAUGAAGGGCAAAUACGAAGAGUCCGAAAACCCCCUCAUCUCGACCGCUCGAAGCAUCACCGACACCAUUGGCGGAUUCUUUGCCGAGAACGAGACUGCCAUGGUCAUCAAAAAGUUCCGCUCCAUGGACCCGAUGUUCCGAUCCGAGCCUUUCCUACAGGAGCUGCGCGAGUACAUUCUCCCCGAGGUGCUGGACGCCUACGUCAAGGGAGACACAGAGACGCUCAAGGUGUGGCUUUCUGCUGCGCAGUUUUCCGUUUACGAGGCGCUCACCAAGCAAUACCUCCAAGCGGGCAUGAAGUCAGAUGGUCGCAUUCUUGACAUCAGGAACGUCGACAUUCUCAGAGCUCGUAUGCUGGACCCUGGUGAAAUUCCCGUCUUCAUCAUUACGUGCCGAACCCAGGAGGUCCACGUUUACCGCAACGCCAAGAGCAACGAGCUGGCUGCGGGUAUGGAAGACAAGGUGCAGCAGGUGACAUACGCCAUUGGUAUCACCAGAGUACCAGAAGACGUCAACAACCCCGAGACUAGGGGCUGGCGUCUGAUUGAGAUGCAGAAGAGUGGAAGAGACUGG